AUGGUCUAUGAAUUAAAGUAACUAAUGGAUUUACUAAUAGAAAUUAAAUAGAAAUAAUAAUAAUUAUAUAUAUAGUAUCUUUUGAAUAAUAAUGAGGAUUUGAUCAUUUCAGGUAGUUGUGAUUUCACUAUUAGAUUUUAUAAGAAGUAGAAUCAAUGGCUAUGUUAAUAAACUAUCACAGAUCAUACUAGUCAUGUAUAAGGAUUAAAUAUGAAUUAACAUUAGAAUAAAGUGAUUUCAUGUGGAAGAGAGGAAUAAAUAUUAAUAAUAGAACAAUCAUAAUAGGAUACUAAAUGA